AAAAAAUCAGCCACAUGAAGAAGUACCAAAAAGAGUAAAUGAUAGUAAGUUUAAAGAACCAAUCAAUAGUCAGAACGAACAAAGAAAAAAUGCAAAAAAGAAAGAACAUGGUAAAAAAGAUGUUAAGGAAAUCAUACUACCUGAACCGGUCGAUCAACAGCCGAUCAUAAAAAAUUCAAGGGGCGUAUGUGCAACAUCACGUGACAUAAUGUUUUACGAUAUACUAGCGCGGUAUAGUGAAAGUGAAGUUAUUUCAGCCAUUAAAAAUAUAGGAAAUGUCCAUAGAAUAAGGAUUAAAAAGCACUACAAAUACCAAUCGGUAAGAGCUGAAAUCAACUUAUUUGAGGAAUACGAAAGUGAGUUUGUUAGAGAAACAUGGAAGGUACAACUUUUAUUUGGAAAUAGUGAAAAGAGACAAACCGCGAUGCAAGUUCGUUGGUUUCCAGGACAAAGUACAGUUAAAUCUAUAAAAGAAAAAUGUAAGUGGAAGGCAUACAAAAUAAUUCGUUCAAGUUAUUAUCAAGACGUAGCUAGAAAAAAUUACUCUUUUGAGUACGGCAAAAUGGCGCGUUUUGGAAAAAAGUUAGUAUUCCUUGCAUACUUUAAAGACAAAGAUCAAUUGGACGCAGCUAAGGCUUUAGAUAAAAGAGGAGACGAUACUUGGAUUAUUCAUGGUAAGGGUUUGGGCAAUCAACCGGUAGACCUCCCAAUAAGGGGCUCACGUAGUGAUUUGCCUGCAACAAAAAAACAAACCGUGGCCACGUCAACAAUUAUAGAUAACGUUAGUACAGAUGAGGUGAUCGACGUAGUAAAUAAAUAUAGGAAAAAUUUGUUAGAUGAAGUUCCACAAAAUAUCACGUCGACUUCAAUAAAAGAUUACGCUUCGCCAGAGAAAGUUGUAGACAUAGUAUUGGAUUUAAGAGAAGAAAUAAAUAAAGAGUUGUCACAUGAAGAAAAAGAUGAUGAAAAGUGGAUUGAACGAUGUAGAUACGGAUAUGCUGGGCUAGUUACGGAUUUAAAAGAAAGAAAAAAGAAGAUGGAAGAAGGAAGGGCGGAACGUGAUACGUUACAAAAGAAAGUGGAUGAAGCUCAAAACAAAGUGAACGAAAAUCAAAAAAUCUUGGAUAAGAUUGAAAAUGAAAAAGAGCAAGAAACGAAAUCCAACGAAAAUAUUAAACAGGUAUCACCAUUAGAAAUGCACGAGUAUGAAUCAAUAAAUGAAACAUGUAGCAAGAGGCUAGGUGAAAAAAAGGAAAAAAAGAAAGAAAAGAUUUUUACUCCAGAAUAUGUAAAGCGACUCGAUGGGAUGAUUGAUACUUACAAGAAGGUAUUAAAAGAAGCAAAAGAAGAAGUAGAACAACGGAAACGCUUAAGAAAGAAACAAGAUGACCGUGUAAUGGAGGAAGAAGGAAUAGAAAGUGAUAGUGAUGAAGAUGAAGAAGAUCAAGUGGUGGUAAGUACAGAAUCAAAUAACAAAAGAGGAGGAAAACCAGGUAGUCACGGACGAGAUAGAGGAGGUAGAUGUAGAUUAGUUAAAAAGAAGUAGUUUCACUUAAUAUAGACAUUGUAUAGUGUAUAUAGGUAAAUAUAACUUAUAGGUAGAUAGUUUUUCUUGUAGUUGUGUAGUAUUUAAAGGGGAUCGUGGGUUGACCGAGC